AGAUUAGUUUUAUUGAACUAAUAACAGUCAAUCAUGAUUUCUUGUCUAGAAUUGUUCGUGUGCUUGUUAAUAGUUGCUGUCGGCAUAUCGGCUACUUCAACUGAUGAAUCCAUUGAAUAUCUGACAGCUAAGAAUCUCACUGCAAAUUAUUGUUAUGCAAAAAGCUAUGAUCAGGUACCAUCCAUUGUUAAGAAAUGCACUCACAUCGUUCUUCAGAACUUCGAAGUCCCAGCUGGUAAAACUCUGACGGUCAACUUACAAAAAAAUUCAGUGCUUUUAAUAGAAGGAACUAUCAAAUUUGGUGUGGCACACUGGGAUGGUCCUUUCAUGUAUAUAACUGGGGAAAACAUUCAAGUCAUCGGAGGAACUAAUCACCUCAUUCAUGGACAAGGUGAAAAAUAUUGGGACGGUCAUGGAAUUGCUGGUGGUGUCACGAAACCACAAAGAGUCAUGAUGAUCAAUGCCAAACGUGCAUCAUUCAAAAAUAUCAAUAUUAAAAAUUGUCCAUUAUUUUGUGUUUCUAUUAUUGGAACUGAUCUCACUUUCUCUGGAUUCAAUAUUGAUAACAAUGAUGGAUUCAAGGGUGGAUUAGCCGUCAACACCGAUGCGAUGUCAUUCGCAUAUACAGACAACAUCAUCAUUGAAAACUCGAAAAUUUGGAACCAAGACGAUUGCGUCAAUGUUUUGGCAAGUAAAAAUGCAGUCAUCCGAAACGUUCACUGCUGGGGAUCUCAUGGUCUCAGCUUCAGUUCGGGGCUCUCAAGUACUAACGAGAAGAAUGAUAUUCAUAACGUUACUUUCGAAGAUUGCUCGAUUGGAGGAUCCCUAAACGGUAUCCAUAUUUUGACAUUGCCUUCUGGUGGAAAAGGAACAAUCAGUCAAGUGACAUACAGAAAUAUCAACAUAAUCGAUGUCAUAUUGAGAGCAAUCGAAUUUCGCCAAGAUUAUUUGGAUGACGGUCAUCCAAGCAACAAUAUCCAAAUAAAUGGUCUGACACUAGAAAACAUUUAUGGUACUGUAACUGGUAGGGACUCGGUGGCAGUUUAUAUAAAAUGUGGCGCUGGAUCUUGUUCAAACUGGAAUUGGUCAGGUAUCAAGAUAACUGGAGCUCAGAAUAAGAAUUAUUGUAAUUACCAUCCGAAUGGGUUCACAUGUUGAUGCGAAUCAAUAAAGUAACUUGUUGUGAU